AUGGAUAUGGUGAUGACAGCUGAAGACGAAAACCCUGUACUUCGUUCUCAGAGAAGCCCGGCAAAGGGAAGCACCAGGUUCCAAUGUACGACAUGUCAGGAGACUUUCCAACGUGCAGAUCAUCUUCUGCGGCAUGGAAGCACCCGUGAAGGGAAAGGGAACUCUUUCCCUUGUUUUGAGUGCUAUAGUGCUUUUGAUGACAGGGACCGGUUAAGAAGCCAUGUUCGUACGGCGCAUCCGAUACCUCUUUCUUCGAAGGGGAAACCGCACAACUCAGCCAUUAUACAGACGAAAGGCUCUAAUUCAAGCAGCGGGGAGAGUCAUCCAGUUAGAGUAGCAAUAGAGCCACCAGCCAGCGGGCACCCACUUAUUGACUCCUCGGCGGUGGCCAAACAGCAAGGUGCUCUGGGCAUAGCAAAUUAUAGCAACCGGUACAAGCCAGGACAGAAAACCUCUGAUGAGUUUCAGCUCAGUCCACCAAAUACAGGGGAUGAGAACCAGAGGACGCCAUCCUGCCAGAGGGCUGUUAUCUGA